AUGACAGACACUAAUAUUUUUGUUUUGUCUUCUUUUCACAAAAGUUCACAAUAUACCCAACAGCCGGGUGCAAAAGGAAUACAUCGCUCCAGAAGAAACACUGGAAUAGCUCCGGAAAACUUUAGAAUUCAACAAGGCUGGAAUAGUCUUCAAGCUAUCGAGAAACAGCAACUCCUGGUAAAUUUCAAUAACAAUCAUAGAGUAAGCUACAACCGUAGCCUCACAUCGUUUUUAGAAGAUGAAAGCGAACAAGCGAUGUCUUUGUCUUCUCCCAAAGUUAUUUGCAGAAAUGUAAAUGCCGAAGAUGACGUCAUUUCAGAAUCGGAUUCAACUUGUACUAGUCCACUUCUUAAAACUUUGACUUUAGAAGAAAAUACUGAUGGCGAUAACAAGGGACUCGGUGUAAGAAAUGACUGUAACAAUAAUGGUAAAAGUGCCAGCAGCUUUAGUUUUAGUCCUCGGGAGGACUUAGAAAGUAGAGACUCCUUAUAUUCUGAUAUAUCGGAGGAUUCCUUACAGGACUAUUCAUUGGAUCAUUCAGUAGGUAGUCGUGAUAAUCAUGACCAUGUCUCCGAAACUGAAAUAAACUCACGGAAGGAAUCGAUAAGGUUGAAUGAACUAACUUUCCGAAAGCAGCUGCAGAGCGAUUCACCUGAUAGUGUGGCUCAAGAAUGGGAAGUUGGCUCAGUUCUGAUCAAGAAACAAAAAUUCAGUAAGUCUUCAAUUAAACAACAUGCUACAGAAAAUCAACAUUUGCACUGCAGUGACACUCCUGAGUCCGGAAGUUCCGAAUUUACGGAUUUCACUCCUAUGAGUGAAACAAGUUCUUGUUCUGACUUUGAUAUCAACAUGGCGACGGAGACGUUAAAUAAUUUCUCCAUGGCUAGUAGUAAACACUGUGAUAUUCAGUGUUUAGUGAAUGAAGAGAAAGAAAAUGCAAGUGUUAAUAUCCGACAAAAUGAGUCAACAGCAAUAUGCUUAGAAGAGCCAAAAAUUUUAAAUACAGAAUCAACCAUUCCGAAAUGUAUAACCGACAAGCUCCAGAACAAGCAUACAUUCGAAGUUAUAAUUUCAAAAGAAGUAGAAAAGUGUGAAUUUGACUCUGAUGAAAAAGAAAACAGAACAAAAGAAACUAUAAAUGAUUUUCCUCUAGGCGAAAAAUCCAGUAAUCGAGUAAACGCGAAAUAUGGAGGUUCUAUAGCUUCAGCUGUGAAACCUGUGGUUGAACCGUUGUUUAUGGAACAUAUGUUUUUUAUCAAUGAUGAUAAAAAAGACAAAAUAACAUAUCUUAGGUCUUGUAAAAAGAAUUGUGAAGAAAUGCCAGAACCACUCGAUAUUGAUCCUGACAAUCUGGUAUCAGAGAUCAAAAAGACAAAUGAAACAUCGGUGACUCCAUAUGAACAUGUUGAACUUCCAACAUCCGACACAGAUGUAGGAUUAGGGAGCAGAGAUGACACUGCCAUAAAAUCUCUUCAAAAACAACCUUCAGGUGACCUUGUUGUUAUAUCGUCACGCCACCAUGAAUCGAAAGAAAAAGAAGCAUCUUCAAUUACAAAUUCUGACGAAGAAACAUUUUUGUUUUCUAAUACCCUAAACAACAACAGCAUAAUGAACAGCGCUGUAUACAGAAACGUGGCGAAGAAUGUGACAUUGCCCAUUUCUUGUGUAUCUGUUCGAACAACACGGCCUAGUUCAUUGACAGAGAAGGAUAAAAGUAAAUAUGUAUGUCCACAAAAAGAUAAAUAUAAAUCCUCGUCGGAAGUUUCUGUAAACUUUGACGUCUACAACAUUGAGACAACAAUGCCGAAAAUCGAUUGGACAGCUAUGGAAGCGCAUCUAACUCAAGCUGCAAAGGAACCCAAUUGGUAUUUACGGCAUCAACAUGACCGAGAAGAAAUUCGCAAGAAGCUGGCUAUGGACUCGGAUAGUGAAGACUAUUAUUGUGGAGAAAGGGUGACAAAGAAACCAAGUCUUUCAACUAGACUUCAAAGUGGGAUGAAUCUACAGAUCUGUUUUAUGAAUGAAACAGCCAGUGAUCAAGAAAGUCAAGGAAGUGACCAAGAUGCAGAGAAUUCUUGUCAAAAUGAUAAUUUAUCAGACGAGUUAUCAAAUGAAAGUGGAAACACUGAUGUAUUGUAUCAUGACAAGACAAAAUCAAGCAAGUCAUUAACAGAAUCCACAAACAGCAGUCAAGUGUCAGGUACCAAGAGACAGAGACCAUCAUUUUUCUUCCAUCGACCUAGAAGUUGGAGCUUGCAAUCAUCCCAGAAGGACAGGGAAACAAAAGAUAAAGUUGAAGAAGAUUUCACCACCAGACAAGCCAGAUUGCAGACAGAAGCAAGGCUGGCUUUAGCUCAAGCCAAAGAUAUGGCUCGUAUGCAGAUGGAGGUCGAAAAACAAAGGAAAAAGAAAUCUCCUAUUGCAGAUAUAGUUGGUAUUCCUCUUCCUGAUGGUCAUCAUCGCCUUAGUCGCCAAUUUCUAACAGACAUGAAUAUAGCACAACUUCAAGUUAUAGUCAAUGAUUUGCACACACAAAUAGAAAAUUUUAAUGAAGAAUUAGUACAAUUACUGUUAGAAAGAGAUGAUCUUCAUAUGCAGCAAGACUCCAUGUUGGUAGAUAUAGAAGAUUUCACAAGAUAUCUUGGUGCCAAGAAUGAAGCACUGUGUAACCAAUAGAGUGUAGAACCAUUUGGUUCAACCACAACCAUUUGCAAAUGAAUACCUGUCUUGAGAAGGCUAUUGUUGUCUGAUCUUUUCCUUUGUCACAACAUCUUCACUGGACUCCACAGUAUUUUCAUUGAUUAUAAAAACAUAUUUCAUCAGGAUAAAUGAGAUUGCAGUUUAAAGAUAACUGACUCAUUGACCAAAGUUUUUUUUUCUUGCUGAUUUAAGAUAUUUUCUUUAUUAUUUGUUCUUUAGUGCUCUAUAGGUAUUACUGUAAUGUUUAGUAAUGGAUUACAUCACUAAUGUGUGCAGCGAUGCUCACAGUUAGUAGACACAAUUGUAUAGAUGCCUGUAAGAUUAAUGUAAAGCCAAGUAAGUAAGGUUAUUAGAAAAUGUGAUCAUUAGUUUUAUAAGGUUAUGAGAAACUUACUGUGGUAGAAAUAUAAGAUGAUUUGAUGAUUAGAAUUGUGAAAUAAUGAGAUGGGUAAUACUAUAGCACAUUGACAAUAAGAGACCGUUUGUUCUCUCAAGGUUGCCAUACACACCCACCCUUGAGAAAAAGUUUAAACCUAUCAAUACUUUUUCUCAGAAGUAGAAUCUUUUAGUGCAAUACUAGAAGUCAUAAGCUAAAAGAAGUAGGUUGAAGUUUUCAGGCAAAUUGAUGCACUUGGAGUUGAUACUAUUAUACGUUUAAGCACUGAAUUGACGAGUUUAUAACUAAAAGCAAGAUGAAGUAUACUUGUUUUUAAUUGCUGGUUGAUGCUACAAUUGAUAGUACAAUUAAUUAGUCUUUCUCUUGGAAGUUUAGUUAAUAUUAGUUUGAAGAAUAUGCAUGUAAAAUGAUGUUAUCAGUAGAAAUAAAUCAUUAAUUAUUUUCCUGAUUGUUUUUUAAUAACAAAACUAGAUGAGAUUGCUUAUCAAGUUUUCCAUUUGUUGGUAGAGAUUUUUUUUCAAAACGUUGUUUUUAUAUUUUAUGUAUUUUUUUUUUAAUUCUAAGGUUAGAUUUAUUUGGCUAUCAAAUGUUUUAAUGUGUUGAAAGCACUUACAACAUUUUAAGGGCCAUAAGAAAAUAAAGUCAAGAUUUAAGGCAGAUUUUGCUUAGUUUCACUAAUUACUUUGAACAUUGCUUUUAUUUAGCUGUAAUUAAAAUAUAAGAAAUGAAAACACUGUCUAUAAUUAGCAGGAAUGAUCACUGUAGUUUAUUGUUUUCAUGUUUUAUGAUAGAUGCAAGUGUUGUUUCUUGAAAUAAGUUCAGAUGUAAUCUAAAUAUUUAGGGAAAAAAGCUGCGAGUGUUUUUGAGGUAUGUGCAGCUUCUAGAAGUCAAUGUUAACAAACUUCAUGUUUGUUUGUUUUUUAAGGUUACAUAUAAGAAAAUACUUGGAAAUUAUUUCAACGUUUUUAUGAAAAUGUGUGUCUGUGUGUGUCUGGAAUAAUAAUUCAUUUAAUGGUGAAACAGAAAGAUGAAUUAAAAUAUUCUACGUAAUCAUUCUAUUACUACAGCUAUUAAUAUUUUUCCAAAAUUUAGUAUGCUUUAUUAAUAUUUUCAUGUAUGUUGCUUUAACCUCAGUUUUUUUUGUCUAUAAUUUUUAUAAAAUUUAAACACAGAAUACAUACCAACUGAUAUUCUCACUUUUCUUUGGUUGGUAUGCUAUUCCUAGAUAUUUUGGACUUUAAUCACAAAAUUACUUGUUUACUUCUAUAACUUGAGCACUGUUUUCAGAGUAACCUAAAUGGUGAUAGGCAAGGGAAAAGAUACAGUGUUAAUUUACAAGGCCCAACAUGGCCAGGUGGUCACGGCACUCGACUCGCAAUCUGAGAGUCGCGUGUUCGAAUCCCCGUCACACCAAA